AUGCCCGUGAAGCCGGAAUCAUGGACCAACGCUCUCCUAAGCCGACUGGAUGAGGAAAGAGGUGGAGAAGUUUCUGUUGACGAGAUUGCCACGUUUGUACCCAAUGCUAAGUUUAAACAACGUGUAAUGGACUCAAUACGGAAACGCGAUUGCAAUAAUGACGGAAAAGUGGAUGUGGACGAAGCUCGAAAGUGGAUUAUGGAAAUUGUGGAGGAUAUUAACAGGAAACAUGAAAAGCUUUCUGGACAGCAUUAA